GUCAGUGUUAGAGAGCAGGAAUCAAUCCUGGGGGACAGGGAAACCCCAAUCUGCAGGGGGACAGUGCACCGAGGGGUCACUAACAGGACAAGGACAAGUGCCUCUCAUAUAAAGUGACCAGCUUGGUGUCAGUGCAAGAGAUUGAGUACACUCUUUAGAAUUCACAUCCCUAACCCAGCAACAUUCUGCACAGUGACUGCUUGAUUUGUACAGGAGCCCAUUUAUAUCUGGCUUUAACUGACAACAGAAAUGGGUGAAAGAUAAACAACGCUCAAUAGGUUUUUCAAGGGGUGUGUCCCUGGACUGAGAAGCAACGCAGCGUUUUGUUGAAAUAUACACUUGUGAAAAUAACCAGACCUUAUGCGCUGUCACUGACCCAUCAGCGUCUGGAAAAAAACAACUUUUAUAUACCCAGCUUAUUUGGCCAAAGAUGAAAAGCAAGGAGCUUAUAGCAAAGCAAGAAGUAGCUGGGCACUAUUGACGGAAAAGAUCCUGGCAGGGAGUGCUGGGAAAACAGAGGAACUGUCCUGCACAAGACGUCUACGAUGACAAUGGAAACGUCUCGUCUGGAUGAUAGAGCAAGUUACUUUAAGCUCAUAGACACCAUCGCCUCUGAGAUCGGAGAACUGAAAUUGGAGAUGGUACACACAGAAUUCCUCGUCAAAGAUGAACUGGAUUCCUCAGAGCACCUGAGCAUGGAAAAAGAUAUGGAGAACAAUGUCAUGAUAGAAAAAAAGGAACUCAAGGCCUUCCCUCGGGAUUCUGGGUAUGAGAGCAUCUCCUACAAACCAAGCAUAUUGGAUAAACUUCUUCACACUCAUCCAGUAUGGCUGCAACUUGGCCUGAGUGACGAUAGGGUGUUGGAUAUCCUACAAGAGCAGCCUCCUGCGACGUUUCUAGUACGAAAGUCCACAAAGCUUCAAAAGAAAGUCAUUUCUCUUCGUGUGCCGAAUGAUUUUGGAUCAUGUUUCAAGGAAUUUGUGAUAAAAGAAAGUUCAUAUACAUUUUCAUUGGAAGGCUCUGGGAUCAGUUUUGCUGAUGUGUUUAAGCUCAUCGCUUUUUACUGUAUCAGCAGAGAUGUGCUUCCAUUCACCUUGAAGUUGCCCCAUGCUAUUGCAGCAGCAAAAACAGAGUCUGAACUUGAAGCAAUUGCACAACUCGGAAUCGACUUCUGGAGUUCUACAGUUAACAGAAAACCAAAAUAUCCUCCACCUUCCCCCAAGCCUCUCCCCCCAGACAACGUCAACAAAGAGUCACGUCAGCUACCUCUUAUAAAUGGAGUGCAUUCUCUCCGCACCAGAACGCCUUCAGAACUGGAAUGCAGCCAGACCAACGGAGCUCUCUGUUUUAUUAAUCCCCUAUUCUUAAAAGUACACAGCCAAGAUGCAGGGGGAAGUUUAAAGAGAGAGAACACAAGAUCCCAGGAAACAAAUGGCACAGAGUGGGCAAAAUCACCACCUCCCAGACCUCCUCCCCCUUCCAUUAAUAGUCAUCGCUCAAGCCUUCAGCUGUCUAGUGUUGUGAAGCAAGAACCAAGCAUGCCAGAAACUAUCAUCCAUAACAAGCAAGGCAACAUAGAGUUGCCUACUAAAUGCACUACCCCCAUCCCUCCUCCUCGCCUGAAGAAGCAGGCUACCCUUAACAGGUGGCAGCAAAAUGAGAGGAUGUCCUCGUUUAAUGGAAACUCCUGCAGAUCUUCCAUGGAAUCACAGUUUAGUGAAUCCCCUCCACAGCAACAGAUAUUGGAGAAUAGGACAUUGAACAAGAACUCAAAGCCACCACUAAUGACCUUGCGAAAUCAGCGUUUGAGUGACAUGAGUAUUUCUACUUCGUCCUCAGACUCCUUUGAGUGUGACCGAAUAGUCCCCACAUUCUAUGAGGUGGACAGCUUGGAGGACUGCGAAGAAGAAAGCGAUCAAGAGAGUAUGUCACCCCCUAUAAAGUCUCGCAAGAAAAGGGCCACAUCUCUUGGCUUUUCCAAAAUGAUGAAGACUCACCUGCGCAAGAUGAGCGGUGUCUUCAGCUCCCUAAUGACACCCGAAAAAAAGAUGAUAAAGAAGAUAGCAGCCUUGUCUAAGGACAAACGUACUUAUUUUGGGUGCCUCGUUCAGGAUUACAUCAGUUUUUUGCAGGAGAACAGGGAAUGCCACGUUUCUAGCACAGAUAUGCUGCAUACUAUACGACAAUUCAUGACCCAAGUGAAGAAUUACUUGGCACAGAGUUCUGAACUUGAUCCCCCCAUUGAAUCUCUGAUCCCCGAAGAUAAAAUUGAUGGUGUCUUGGAGAAAGCAAUGCAUAAAUGCAUCCUUAAACCACUGAAGAACCAUAUUGAAACAAUGCUGAAGGAUUUCCGCGUAGCUGAUGGCUCCUGGAAGCAGCUAAAAGAUAACCUGCAGCUAGUGAGGCAGAGGACCCCUCAGGAACUGGGAGUAUUUACCCCAACACCAGACUCUGUGGAUGUAGAAAAGAUCAAAGCAAAGUUUUUGACCAUGCAGAAAAUGUACUCGCCAGAGAAGAAGGUGAUGCUACUCCUGCGCGUGUGCAAGCUGAUUUAUACCUGCAUGGAGAAUAACUCAGGGAGGAUGUAUGGAGCUGAUGACUUUUUGCCGGUAUUGACCUAUGUGAUUGCGCAAUGCGACAUGCUGGAUUUGGACAUUGAGAUUGAAUAUAUGAUGGAACUGCUGGACCCUGCUCUUCUACACGGUGAAGGUGGUUAUUAUUUGACAAGUGCAUACGGAGCACUCUCACUGAUAAAUAAUUUCCAAGAAGAGCAAGCUGCCCGUCUGCUUAACUCAGAGACCAGGGAUACCCUAAAACAAUGGCACAAAAGGAGAACAACAAACAGGGACAUCCCAUCUAUUGAUGAUUUCCAGAACUAUCUGAGAGUUGCCCUACAGGAAGUUGAGUCUGGAUGCACUGGCAAAACACUUAUAGUGAAACCCUACACCACCACCGAAGAGGUCUGCCAAAUGUGCGCACAGAGAUUUAAAGUACAGGACCCUUCAGACUACGGACUCUUCCUUUACAUUGAUGACACUUGGCAGCAAUUAAGCGAGGAUACUUACCCCCAAAAGAUCAAAGCUGAGCUACACAGUCGGCCUCAUCUCCAAGUCUUCCAUUUUGUGUACAAACGCAUCAGUAACAAUCAUAAAGGUAUCAUCAGCUAUGAUAAUGAAGAUAUGUCAGAUACAGACUUGUAGAUAUUAUGUCAUUUAUUAUCAUGGUUUUACAGCAUAGAUAGCUGGCUGCCGCUUCUGAUACGAUAACAGAGGAGGAAUUCUCGUCGUUUUUGGGCAUUCUGCACCUGCAUUAGCUAUUAGGUGAAUACAGAUAGAACAUGUGGUUGUGUUAACUCAUGAGUACCUGUUUAAAUGUCCUAGACAGGAUAGUUAACACGUUUGAGGAGCACUUUUGAGUUCAACAGUCUAGAAUCCUGUACAUUCUAUAAAAUGUCUAAAUUAUGGGACAGAAGAAUGGUCUUCACUACCAACGGAAUGUUCAUGCCAUUCAUCAUCUGUAUGCCACCAUCUUCCUAGAAGGACAAUGUAUGUACGGAGGACUUUUUUUUUAAAAAAAAAUGUGCCUGUGUUUUUUUUUUUAGUUCUAAACGGGUUACUUACUUUUCAAGGAGAAGAGCAAGGGUAUGAAAAUAUUUCUUGAUUAACUGCAAUUGGUUGGCACUGAAGUUCAUUUUUUCAUUUAAAGGGAUACUAAUCCCACAUUUUUUUUAUUUAAUGAGUCAGACAGAGCAUGCAAUUUUAAGCAACUUUCUAAUUUACUCCUGUUAUCAAUUUGUCUUAGUUCUCUUGACAUUUAUAUUUGAAAAAGCUGGAAUUUAAUCUUAAGAGCCGGCCCAUUUUUGGUUUAGCACCUGGGUAGCACUUAGUGAUUGGUUGCUAAAUUUAGAAACCAAUUAGAAAGUGCUACCCAGGUGCUGAACAAAAAAAUGGUCCGGCUCCUAUGCUUACAUUUCUGCUUUUUCAAAUAGAGAUAGCAAGAGAACAAAGAC